AUGGCAUCUGAUUCUGAAACGAACAAUGCCUCUGACCGAAGUGGAAUCGGUGAUGCCGACUCUUUGGCAUCUACCGCAGAAAGUGAAGAGGAAGCGGAGUACCUCGUGAAUGACAUCCAUGCGGAACGGAGGUUCUACGUUGAACCGGAUUCUGAGGAUGAAGGCGUCUUCAUCACGCAGUAUUUGGUGGAAUGGGCUGGGUACAGCAUGGACAGGUGCAGCUGGGAGCCUAAGGAAAUGUUUACUUCGGAAGAGACCCUAGAUGGCUGGGAAGAGAAAAAAAAGAAGAUCGCGGAUGGCAAAGAGAUACCCUUCGAUCUCAAGUCAUGGGAGAGGGAUAUGGCUUUGUUGCAGAAGAAGACAAAAAAGCGAAAAGAAGACCGAAGGCGCAAAAGAGAACAAAGGGCACGACGGAAAAGCCUCCCUCGGGCUGAAUCAUCUCGACUGGCCAAUAUCAUAGAUACCAAUGAGCCCGAAGCAGGCAUUGCCUCCCGCAGAGCUCCCAGUCGCCUAUCGGUGGAUUCCACCGCUUCGGCCUUAUUUGUUCCAGCUGAAACCCCACCACCAUCAAAAAAUGUGGCGCCUCGCCAAUCACCGCAACAAAGAGCACAUCUUCAAUCAGCUACAUCUAGCGCGCAAAGAAAUCGGAAGCAGCCUUUAGGGUCAACAAGCUUGAUUGCACAAACAGAAGCAAUUCCAAACAAGCUUCCAAACUUGCGACUUUCUCAACUCGCGAAGAAAAUCAACCCCAAGCAGAACCCUCCAGCACGUCAAAAAAGCCCACCACAAGCAGCAAAGCCAACAUUGUCUUCUUUUGGUACGGGCCCGGGGGCCAAGCGCGCAUACCGUGAAAAUAAAUGGAGUGACCGAGCACCGGAUCUGUCACAGAUGGAGCUGAUGAAACCUUCUGAAUUCCCACCCAGGAUGAACAUAGACACGACCACCUCGGUCGUGGGUCCAUCUGUAACAAGUCCCAAAUCCCCGGAAGCCCAAAAUCAACCCGCUUCCAAGAAUCCAGCCAGCUUGACCGGUCUCCUAAAGACAAAUACUGGUCAAAUAAACGAUAACGCUGCAGAGAAACCACGGAAACCUGCUGUUUCCGCCCCUUCAUCAGUUAUGGCAUCUACACUGCCUUUCUCUGCGAACUUAGGCCCCACUGUGUCAGUUUCUUCGUCGGCUGUGUUGUCUGGCCCCAGUGCACCGUCGAGUCUAGUGAGAUCUGUUGGUCCUGUAGAUUCCACUACUUCUAUUUCCUCGCCAGGUACCCAAUCAAAGCCCCUUCUACAGGCCAACCUCCCCCAGCUUGCCGAUUCUGUAGAUUCUACUGUCUCGACUUUCUCGCCGCCAGGUGAGGCUCCUUCGAUAAAUCCCGCUGGGCGGUCGACAUCUGCCCUUAUUGCGCCCUCACCAGCUGCUUAUCCCCGCCCCACACCACAGGCCAAUACCGACUGGCCUACCGGUCCUUCGGCCUCUACUAUCUCAAUCUUACCUCCAGUUGUUCUUCCAGGAGCCCGUGCGGAGGCUACUUCAAUGAAACCUGCUGGACUCUCCAGUUCUAGUCUUACUACACGGUCGCCAGCCAUUCCAAAUAGGCACUGUGCAAUGGUCAAUCCUGAGAGAUAUACUGAGAAUCGAGACUCGCAUGACAGCCGCGAGACAACCAUCAGAGCUCUCUCGUCUAUCAUCGCCAUCCCGACGGCCAACACCAUAUCGACGGUCAUCACCUUCUCGUUGGUCACGGUCACGGUCCCCUCCCCCUCAAAGGUCAUCGCCCUCACAUCGGCCACGGUCUCCGCCCUCUCGAAGGACGUCGCCCCCCGGCCGACUGUCAAGGUCUUCUUUGCGUGGUCUCCAAAUUCAAUCGCUUUGAAUAAAAAUUCAUUCGCCAAUGUUCAAACAUUUGCUCCCGUCGAACCCAGAGCUGGGGCAUCUGCUCAACCCAAUCUUUCUAUUACGGCCCAAAUUGCAAGAAUGCCCGUGUGUGAUAGGCGGGCGCCUGGUUGCAAGAGGAUUGGUAAUUACUGGUGUAAUACAGCCCUGGGAGAGAUCCUUGUCCACGUCUUUAUCGGACCCGGCAAGAAAGCACUUGGUGCUUUCAGAUUAUGCGGCAUCCGUCCGGGUCCCCGGAAAUCUUUGAUCUUGGCUAAGAACCCGAAAACAGGCCAAGUUGAGGUUUGGUUUAAGCACCUGUGCACAGUCAGAGAGUACGAAAGAUUGUGUGCAUCCAGUGCGACAAAUUCUGUGCUGAGUACAGGCUGGGUUGAGGGCUUCAGCGACACCAACGAAAAUCUGUUCCAUCUAGCAGAAGAUUUGCGAAAGGACGAUCUCAUCGCCAUCCACUAUCCUACAAGGCUAAGAAAUGGGCCGAACAUUGUCUGGGUUGCUUGGUCACGUGCAUCACAGGAAUUCAAAUUUCCACGUCCUCAGGACGAAGUGCCACCUAGCAUUCCUCUGCUUAUUGCCGCUCGCACUAUGCUCGCACCGAUGGAAGUUCCAGGCUCAAGUGGACCUAGCCAGCCUAGCGGUCAACCGUAUGGCUUUUUGCCAGAUGCGUCGCUUUCACUGCGCGUCAAGCCACCUAGUGUAGAUGAUGGCCUAGAUUUCGGCAGUUCCCCAAAACGGUCGAGCUUCUAUCAUGAUAUGAGAAUGGGUGGAUCCUUGCGCUCGCGAGAGAUGCCCACCCCAGCAUCGGUCCAAAGCAUUCCGCCCACAAGUGAUCUCAGGGGUAAUUUAAUUUACGCUAACCCCCAACCCCAAGAUAACCUCACGGUUCAAGCGGCUAACUUGGGCCAAACGAUCGAAGAGUUCAUGAAACGCUGUAAUAUCGACGUGGAAGAACUUGCGACAAUCGACGAAGGUGGGAAACUAUCAAAGGCCGGUAUUUUCUAUUUGCACUUCCCCUUAGGCAAUGAAGAAAUACACCAGGAACUGCUGUUUCUGCAGGGAGUCUUGAAGUACCAUGAGAAAAUUGUUCUCACAAGCGACAGCCCCGGAGACUGGGCAAAAUUUAUGCAGAACAGCAGGCAGGGCGUGGCCAUAUUUCACGAAUCGUUCGCCGGAUACGAUAUGUUGCGCCCUGCACUCAAUUCUGUACUUCCUACCAACUCGUUCAAUUUCUGGAUUGUUCGCAUUCAAAGUCCACUCGAAUUAGUUGAUCCCCGUUAUUGUUCACCGAGUGACCACCAUCUACGCAUCUUUCCAUAUGGCGGCGUCAUACUUCUCACCGAGGACGUGUUGACAGACCUAAAGGGGGUGGCCGUCACUCUCCAAUGGAUUCGAAGUGUUAACAAGCACAAACGUAAAUCUUGGACCUUGAUGCUUUUCCCCGGGAUACUUGAAUGGAUCGAAAGGAGACUCGACGAUGAAAAUCACUCGCAAGAUCAUGGACUCCUGCUGCUCAUCCACACGUUGAUCAUCAAGAACAACAUCACGGACCCUCGCGUGGACUUGUUUAAUAAAGCCAGUCUACACCCCAACUCAAAAAGCAACGUCAUCGCACCCUCUCUCAAUGAAUACGGCACUCGCACAGAGCACCACUCCCUCAAAAUCGAGGACAAAGUUGAACGCGACACAGAUCAUCUGAUAGAAUUCUUCGCGGGAUGGUCAUUGGUUCACAUACCACGUUUCCGGAAUUUUGUCGCUGUCACGUCUCUCGGUCCUCUCACUGGACCACGGUGGGACGAAUGGGGCCAUAUCACUGUCAUGCGAGGUGGUUUCGGCCAUUUCUUUAGACGCUUCAAAAUAGACCCAAAGACCAUUAUGACCUACCUGUCAGGUGGCUCCAACUCACAGGUUUCUACUAGCCAAGCAGCCACCCCUAUGACAAUGACCACACCCCAGACACCUAAUUGGGCAUCUCACAACUCUAACACCGCUAUUCAAUCUACCUUCACAGGCAGCCCAAACGGCAAAGGCAUGGGCAAAUACCCUGCUCCCUACAAGUGA